CGUAUCAGUGCUUUGUAUGCUUCUAUAUUUGCUAUUUAAACCUCGAAGUCAUUGAAAAAUUGGAAGCGAACAAAAGUGUGAGGGCGCUUUCCACUCUGGCGCAGCCACCGGAAAAGUCUAUUCCAUUCGCCCUAGAAAAUUUCCGAAAUUCAUACCGGAAUUUUUGGUCGAAGGGAAAGCGCCCAUUAUUUCGUUGUCUUGACAUUUCUUAUUCGGAAACCACGUUUACCAUGCUGUACUGUGCUUGUGUUGUAAUGUACCCUUUAUUUUAUAGUUUUGGUUGUGUUCCCAUUUCAACCUAUCAAGUACUAGUAGCUGCAGUUUGAUCAAGCGUUGAGUAAAUGACCGUAAGAUACGGUCAUUUCAUAAAGUUUUUCGGUGAGUAAUUUCUUCUAUUGCCCUAUUGUAGGUACAUACAAGGCAAUGGGUUUGUUCAAAGAACGCAGAUACCUGCAAUUGUGGAGCUGUUCUUCGAGAUCAUAACGACGUGAUAGAAUUUAACUGCUGCAAUGGAAAUCUUCAUUAUGACCAGACGACCCCUGUUCGCGUAAGAGUAAGCAGCAAAAACCGUCUAUCACCUGGAAUAUCGGUGACACAAACCCUUGAGGGGUUCAACAGCAAAUACAUAGUGUUGUUUCCUUCUGGAGCAAAAGUGGAGAUUUAUCGAAAUAGCUAUGGACUUAACAUCGUACUUCAAGUUGUUCGAGCCGAAAGUAUUAAUGACGAAGCUGGGCUAUGCUUGUACGAUGGCUCCCAGACCAACAUAGACACAUUUGGUUACAAGUGGAGAUUAAAUCCCGGAACAAGUUACUUUGAUACGCUGCCGGCGACUCUACCAGCUGAUGUUGGUCUGAUGUAUAAAGUAUCUUGCUCGUGUCAUAAGAAAGACAGCGACGGAAAGGCAGUGUGCAUUGAAAGCCUUCCCGUGCACUUCCCUAACAUCCUUGACAAAAAAGGAAAUGUGGUUCAAUUCCCUAGAGAUCAAAAUGCUGGGAGAGGAAAAAGAGACAUUUGCUACUACUCAGACGACCUGCGAGAGGAGGAUUUCGAUGUAUUCAAAAGUUACCUUGGGUCAGGUGGUCAUCAUCGUUACAAGCGGGCUGUGCUUAAUAAGCCUAGAUUCACAAAAGAAAACGCAACACUCUACUGUAUGGAGAAGGUUUCAAACACAGAAGUCGGUAAAUUGUGCGCCAGCCUUGGGGCCAAUGUUCAAGCCAAGGUCAACUCGUGUUCUAUAGAUCUUGAGCUGACCGGCGAAACAUCUUUUGCAAUUUCUGCUGUUUCCAUGCUUAUGAAUGAAUGUGGUGAAAUUGCGGGCAGAAACCUUUCUUCCUAUUUGAAUGAAAGCAGUGGAGAGAAACCGACUAAUUCUUCUAUGCUGUCAGACGUCGCUGAGCAACUAUGUCCAAACGAUUGCACCUUCAACGGGAGAUGUAUAAACGGUUCGUGCCUUUGCAAUAAAGGAUAUACUGCCAAUGACUGCGCAGUGUCAACGGAACAAAUACCUUAUAUAUCCAUGUUGCAAGGAAAUGGUUUGUGCGAUAGGCGUCAACGGCCGUGCAGGAAGGUAACGGUAAUGGGAAAUGGUUUCCUCAAUUCUGCAAAUUUGACCUGCCACGUGAUGGAAUUUAAGGUAACCAGUGGUUCGUGGACUCCAAACAGCACAGAACUCUUAUUUCCUGGCAUUAUGACAGAUUUGGUGCUUGUAGAUUGUUAUUUACCCCAAUCACCUGUCAUGCCUGGUUACUAUGACGCCUUCGUCGAGGGGACUCCAGCCGCCGGACUGAUGAUAUCCGUUUCUAACGAUGGUGAACGCAAAAGCGAUAAAAACCUCACGUUUAUAUCUUACGACUCGGCGUGCAUGAGUUGCAAUGUUUCGUCUGGAUGCUACGUAAAAAGCAACGCUUGCGUGAUCAAUCGUUAUUGCUUCGCUCCCAACGAGGUCAAUCCCAAUGACUGGUGCUAUCAAUGUCUUCCGGAUGUCAGCAAGAAUACAUGGACGAAACGCCAAGUUAAUCUACCACCUCAAUUUUCAUCGACCACCAAGUACUACGCAGUUCUUCAAGAGCACCUUGAGUUGACCAUUGGCGUUUCUGACCCAGAAGGCAUGCCUGUUACAGUUUCACUUAUGAAUGGAAGUCCAAGCAAAGCUGUAAUACGCGAAAAUGUUUUACUGUGGAACACCACCAAUGAUGCUAAGACUGAUUUCUUUCUCAAAGCCACGGAUGCGUGCAAUGCCUUUUCCACACUUAAUAUCUCGGUAUCCUUGCUUGACUGUCAGUGUCAAAAUAAUGGACGGUGUGUGCCUCAUCCAAAUAAACCCAGAGGGUCUGGGUACUAUGAGUGCCACUGUCUACCUGGAUUUACUGGAGACCAUUGUGAGACUAACAUCGACGAGUGCCUGUCUUAUCCGUGCUAUCGAGGUCGUUGCAUCGAUGGAGUUAACAACUUUACGUGCGUCUGCUAUUCCGGAUACGUUGGGAGAAAGUGUCAAAUAAAUUAUGACGACUGCAGUUCUUCUCCUUGCAUUCACGGUAAUUGCACUGACUAUGUAGGGGCAUAUGAGUGUAACUGUGAACCUGGAUACACUGGACAAAAUUGUACCAUUGAUAUUGAUGAAUGUAAAUCAUCUCCUUGCCAAAAUGGAAUUUGCAUUGAUCAUGUCAAUAACUACACGUGCAACUGCCACGUUGGUUUUACUGGACCUCAUUGCGACGUUAAAAUCAAGAAUUGUACCAGUGAUUCCUGUUACCCAAAUGUGAAAUGCUUUAAAAACAGCAACACAAUUUCAUGUGGUCCGUGUCCAUUUGGUUUCAGUGGCGAUGGAAAGAACUGUGAAGACAUUGAUCACUGUCUAAAUCACACAUGUGGUAAUGGUGGAUCGUGCGUUGACGGUAUCAGCACUUACUCAUGUAACUGCAUGGCGGGAUUCAAUGGAGUUAAUUGUCAGACAGACAUUAACGAGUGUGUCAAUCACACAUGUCAAAACGGUGGAUCGUGUGUAGACGGUGUCAACAACUACUCAUGCAGCUGCUUGCCAGGAUUUACGGGAUAUCAUUGUGGGACAGAUAUAGAUGAGUGUGUUAAUCACACGUGCAGUAAUGGUGGAUCGUGUUUAGAUGGUGUCAACAGUUACUCGUGUAAUUGCCAACCAGGAUUCACUGGAGAUCGCUGUCAGACUAACAUCAACGACUGUGUGAAUCACAAAUGUGAAAAGGGUGGAUCGUGCGUAGAUGGUGUUAGUAGCUACUCGUGCAUUUGCCUACCAGGAUACACUGGCAAUCGUUGUGAGACUGACGUCAACGACUGUGUCAAUCACACCUGUAGUAAUGGUGGAUCGUGCGUAGACGGUGUUAACAAAUACUCGUGUAACUGCCCGCCAGGUUUUACUGGAGAUCAUUGUGAACUUGACAUAGAUGAGUGCGUAAAUCACACAUGCAGUAAUGGUGGAACGUGUGGAUGGUGUUAACAAUUACUCGUGUAAUUGCCAGUCGGGAUUUACUGGAGAUCGCUGUCAAGCUGUUCUGCAAGUCACCCCAAAUCCGUCAACGAAAGCAGCAACGAACUCAACUACUAGGACCAUUACAUCAAUCCUUACUUCAUCCAGUAC